AUGCUCAACCUGCGAGCCGCGCAUAUCUCCUCUGCUCUGCCAAGGCCCUCUGCGGCCUGCUAUAGUGUCUCAAAAUGCUCUAACAACCGGAACAGAUCGCGGCGCGUUUCGGUGCCGUGGAAUGGCGUCGGUGCGCGGACGUACAGCCAAGCUCCCGCUCACGACCCGUUCAAGAUCCUGUACCUCGGACGCGACGAAUUCUCGUGCUCGGUGCUUGAAGAGUUGCUCAAGGCUAAGGAUGUGUGGCAGGAACUGGCGAUCGUGACGACGCCGGACACGAGGGUUGGCAGGCGAGGGGAGAAGUUGGCUGUCUCUCCUCUCAAGGUUUUCGGACAACAACUCGAUCUGCCGGUGCACUUCAUUCCAUCAGGCAAGGGUAAAGAUGUUUUGAAAACAUGGCAGCUGCCGCCACCAUGGUCCUUGCAAGGCGCCACUCCGUCUCCCUCGCACAUCAUCGUUACCGCCUCUUUUGGCCGCAUCUUGCCCAACUCUGUGCUCGACCUCUUCUUGCCGAACAGGCGUCUCAACGUGCACCCAUCGUUGUUACCGGCGUACCGUGGAGCCGCGCCCAUCCAGCAUGUUAUCCUCGAUGGGCAGAAGGAAACGGGGGUGUGCAUCGUCGAGAUGAUGGAACGCGCAAAGGGGCUUGACGCAGGGGCUAUCUGGGGACAAGAGCAGGUUGCCGUUCCCAAAGAUGCUACCUAUGCGAACCUGCGUGACACCUUGGCUCCAGUAGGCGGUAGGCUCUUGGUCUCUGUCCUUCGUGAUAUGCUGUCCGGAAAGGCAACGUCGAAACCACAAGCAGAGGAUCCUACUACACCUCGAGCGCCUCUUAUAAACUUGGAAGAUGCAGUAAUCGACUUCGAAAGCAUGACUGCGGAGCAGAUUGCUCGGCGCUCGCGUGCUAUCUCGCACCAAAGACCCGUUGUGACCUCCCUCAAGAACCGUCGCACGCUUCAAUUGCAUUCUGUCACUGCUGUCACUGAUGCAGCUGACGUGCUAGAAGAGCAAUUGACUACUGUUGGGACGGCUAUCUAUCAUCGACCGACCGACUCACUUCUCGUCCGCUGCGCCUCCGACACAGUUCUCAGUGUACAGAAGGUGAAACAGCAAGAUCGCAAUCUGCUGGCGGCUAGAGAGUGGUGGAACGGCGUUCGUCCUGGCCUGCGGCAGGUAGAAGGCGAUACAGGGCCCGUUCUUUUCCUGCGUCCUCCAGUCGGCCCGUCGUAG